CUUUUCCAACAACACCCAGAAGUCUUCAUCUUCGCGCAUUGUUAUUCCAACUGCUCUGAACCUUUUUCAAUACAACGCCAACACCCCUCACUCCCCCAAACAUUGUGACAGUCAAGCACUUCCUCGUCAUAUUCGAUAACUACACAAGAAAAUGCCUCUCGACCCAAAACUUCUCACCGCGGCUGUUAGUGCUCUCGUCGGAUGUCCUGUGAUUACGUAUGAGGAGCACCAACGCAAUCCCUCACUGGACUUUCAGCCGCUUGACAUGGUGGCAUUCCACAAGACGGUAUUAGUUGCACCAGCAGCGCCGCCAGGGCCGUCAUCGACACCAGGGCCGUCAUCGACACCAGGGCCGCCACCACCAGAGCCGUCAUCACCACCAGAGCCGUCAUCACCACCAGAGCCGUCACCACCACCAGGACAGUCACCACCAGGGCUGACGACACCGCCAACGCAACCGCCCCAAACGUACGCCUUGAUCCUGAGCUCAUUCACGAUCUUCGUCAAAACAUUAACAGGCGAAACGAUUACUAUCUGGGUCACACUAAGCGACACAUUUGGCAAUGUCAAGCACAAGAUCGCUGAGAAGUUGGGCCUUCCACCUGAGGAACAACGCCUCGUUUACGGUGGUAGACAGCUCGCAGACGGUCUUACUCUGCGCGACUAUGGUGUUCAACGAGAUUCGACUAUCCACCUAGCUCUUCGAAUCCGGGGCGGUGGCCCCUCAGGAAUGUACCUCCCGCAGGGCUUUCUUGAUCCGCCUUACGACUACGACUUUACGCAUAUCAAUGAUGCUGGUACCACAUACUAUCGUGGUGGAGAUGUAUACAAGCGUCCUUGUGGAUGGCUGCGCUAUGCGCUCAAGGCGAGCGGCAAGUUUGACUCAGAUACUUGGCUGGGUAGUGUAAACGGGCUUGGCGAAUGGCCAGUUUCGUAUCACGGCACAGGCAAGCAAAACGCAGAAUCUAUUGCUGAAGCGGGUUACAAAUUGGCCAAAGGGGUUCAUUUUGCAUUUGGUCAAGGGAUCUAUUCGUCACCGAAUCACACCACCGCUGAGGCGUACGCCAAAGAGUUUUCGGCUCAAGGGAGGAGGUAUAAAGUCAUCCUUCAGAAUCGGGUGAAUCCAGUCAAUCUUCACAGGGUUGCCAGCAACGAUUAUUGGAUCAGUCCUGGGGAUGACGAUCUCCGUCCAUACGGAUUAUGUAUCAAGGAGCUUUAACUGAUUAGUUAUACUAAGCGGUUGCACCGUUGCGGUUUAAGAAGCAAGCGGGGUGUCAAUUAGGAGCACUGACCUAAAGAAAGCCUGAAAAUUUAGCGAUUAAGCACCUGGAACUUAUUUUCCUCGUGCGCAAUAAUCGCCUCGCUUAUCCCAUGCUUCAAAACUAGAGCUCUUAUCCGUUGCGCUGCGGCCAGGUGCGGACCUCGCUAAACUUAAGGAACACCAAAACUCACACGCUUCCAUUUCCAAUUGCUAUACCAAACCUUUAUAGCAGUUCUAACAAAUAUGGUAUACUUGUAGUGUAGAGGGACAAUUAACAAUCUAU